AAUUAUAAAAAAAAAAAAAAAAGCUUUACAAUUAGAAAGCAAGUUGCAUUUUUUUAACUCUUCAUUCAAAUGAAGCAUCAAAGGAAGCAGCCAAAGAAGAAAGAAGAGAUCCAUUAUCAAUUUAAUCCACUGCUGAGAAUUCGACGGUUCACUGUUUCCUGAUGACCCCGCUGCAGCGAAGUUCAGCGAUCCAUUGCUGAUUCAACGUUACCAAUCUAUUAUAUGGACGCCACUUGUAUGAGUGGCGUCUGCCUCUGAGAACGCUAAGUCCAUUUUUUGGUUUUUUCUAAGUCCUUCAAGUAAAUUUCUCUUGCAGAGUUUAUCAAUUUCAUCUUCACCGCACUACACCCCUUCUUUCUCUAUCGUAAUCUUGACCUAGACAACGAUGUCCAAUCCGGCCGAAUCUGCAGCUUUUCCGACGGAAUAUUCUAUCCCGGUGGGUGGCGCCGACCCUCAUGUUCCUCUCCUGAAUCUCUCCACGGUGCGAGUGAGAAUGGAUUAUCUGCAGCAGUUCCUGUCAGAAUCGGUCAACAACAAUACUUUAAUCAGCAAAGCUCAGAUGGAUAUGGUCUCCGCUGAGAUCUCCUCCGCCAUCCACCAGAUUAUAGUCAAUGGCGCUGCACUUCUCGCGUGUUCCCAACAGGUGAUCGAGCUUCCCGCUGCCGCUAAGCCCCCGGAGAUACUUUCAGAUCCACCUGAUCUGAAAUUUGCAACUAAAACCUCUAAUUCGUCGGACAGUAGCUCCAAUAAAGGAAAUCAGGUGGCAGAGUUCAGUUUAAAAGUGGAAGAAAGGGAUGAUUUUGAUGUUGACUAUGACAUAGUGGAGCUUGAUGCGGUGGAAUUGCUGGCGGAGCACGUUCAUUUCUGCGAGAUAUGUGGGAAAGGGUUCAAGCGAGACGCCAAUCUGCGCAUGCACAUGCGGGCCCAUGGAAACCAGUUCAAAACUCCCGAGGCGCUAGCCAAGCCCGUUAAGGGAAGCGAAUCAUCGGCGGCGGCUACGAGGAAAACGCGGUUCUCGUGUCCCUUCGAGGGGUGUAAUCGAAACAAGAAGCACAAGAAGUUCCGGCCACUUAAAUCGGUGAUUUGCGUGAGGAAUCAUUUCAAGAGGAGCCAUUGUCCCAAGAUGUACUCUUGCAAUCGUUGCAACAAGAAGAGUUUCUCUGUUGUGGCGGAUUUGAAGAGCCACUUAAAGCACUGUGGAGAGACAAGGUGGAAGUGCUCAUGCGGAACUACUUUCUCGAGGAAAGAUAAGUUGUUUGCGCACAUGGCGUUGUUUGAAGACCACAUGCCAGCUGUUGUUGGGGAAGACGACAAUAGGGCCAAGGGCGGCGUCGUAGCUAUGGGGGAGGAUGAAGAGGGGGAAGUGCCGGUGAAAGAAGGGGAAUUACUGGGUAAUUGUGCGGAUAAUGGGUUUAUUGAGGGAUUGCUUGAUGGGUUUGCUUCUAUUGAAGGGUACAAUUUGGAGGACGUUUUGGGGUCUCCUAGGAACGGCUGGGGUAGUGGAAUGGAGGACUUGUGUGGUAUUGGGCGGAGCUAGUUUCGAUUAGGUAUAUUUUCAUGCAUCAUCUCUUGUUGAGUAUAUAUUCAUAUUCUUUGUAAUAAUAAGAUGAUUUCUACCCUUCCUAGUGCAGUGGUUUAGGACAUUCAUUUUGCCCUUUUUGGAUUGUCUUACUUGUAGGAAUAAUUUCUGUAUAAUUUUUUACUUCUAAUAAAGUUGGAUCUUGUUUAA